CUGGAGGUUUCCUGAAUGAUCUUUCGUUAUCUCCACCUAAAGGGGAAAGGACUUUUUGCCACCAGAAAUAUCCGCAAAGGGGACACGAUUUUUGUGGAGAAGCCUGUGGUGUCAGCCCAGUUUCUUUGGAAUGCCCUGUAUAAAUACAGAGCCUGUGACCACUGCUUGCGAGCCCUGGAAACCGCCCAGGAAAACGCUCAGAGGCUGCUUGGGAGGUUUCAGACGCUUCCUCACCUGGAGAAGUGUAGCAUUCGAAAAGACCUCCAUCGCUGCUGUCCCAAUUGCCAGGUGACCUACUGCAGUCCCGAGUGCCGUCAGACUGCGUGGGAUCAGUACCACCAGGCGCUGUGCCUGGGACCCUCCAGGCAGGACCCGGAGCAUCCUCUCAACAAACUGCAGGAAGCCUGGAGGAACAUCCACUACCCCCCUGAGACUGCCAGCAUUAUGCUGAUGGCCAGAAUGGUGGCCACCGUCAAGCAGGCGAAGGAGAAAGAGUGGUGGAUCAAACUUUUUUCUCAGUUCUGCAAUAAAACUGCCAACGAAGAAGAAGAGAUUAUUCACAAACUCCUGGGAGAUAAGUUUAAGGGCCAGCUCGAAGUCCUGCGCGUGCUUUUCACAGAAGCCCUUUAUGACGACCACCUUAGCAAGUGGUUUUCUCCUGAAGGCUUUCGGUCUUUGUUCGCCCUGGUCGGCACCAAUGGGCAAGGAAUAGGGACGAGCUCUCUGAGCCAGUGGGUCUGUGCCUGCGAUGCCCUGGAACUCCCCACCCAGGAACGGGAGCAGUUAGACGCUUUUAUCGACCAGCUGUACAAGGAUAUUGAGAAAGAGACAGGGGAGUUUCUGAACUGCGAAGGGUCUGGCCUCUACGUGCUGCAGAGUUGCUGCAACCAUAGCUGUAUUCCCAAUGCUGAGGCCUCUUUCCCAGAGAACAAUUUUCUCCUGCAUUUGACAGCGGUGGAAGAUAUCAACCUGGGAGAGGAGAUCUGCAUCAGCUACCUAGACUGUUGCCAGAGAGAACGGAGCCGACACAGCCGGUGCAAAAUCCUUCAGGAAAACUACUUGUUCAUCUGCUCCUGCCCCAAGUGCCUGGCUCAAGCUGAUGACCCAGAUGUGACGUCGGAGGAGGAAGAGGAGGAGGAAGCCGAAGGGGAGCCCGAUGGUGCGGAGCUGGAAGACGAGAUGACAGACGUUUGAUCUGGGCUUCGGGGUGGUGGGGGGCACCUCCGGAGCCCGGGGGUGGGCUGUGGUGGAAAUGGCUUCCUGGUCAGUGGGAGGAGGAGGAGGAAUGGGGGAAGAUCAUGGCCGGGGAGGGACCAGAAGCCGGCCUUUGUGCAACUCCAUAUCCACCCUCUUGACCCAUGUGGUAUCUAGCAAGGAGCAGUCAGGGCCUCAACUGCCUGGAUGCCCCCCGUGCACCCAACCUGGUGGGGAACAGAAGACCUUGGCAUCCGUUUCCGACAGAAGGGGGGGCCGUAAGUCCUCUGCAGCCCAAGUGUUUGGUACCUAGCCUAGCCAGCGGAGGGAACCAGGGACGGUGUUUGCCUUAAGGAAGUGGGAACCGGAUCCUGGUGCCAAGCCGCAUGGCAGCUCUCUGCAUUCCCAGCUUUGUGGGGAGAGAAGAAGGGGACUCCUGUUUUGUGUAUCUCCUCCCCACCCCCACCCCAGGUGGACAGCUAUGCAAAGCAGCCUCUGCCCUAAGAAACCAGCUGCAUCUGAAGAUGCCAGCUUGCCCCUUUGCUGGCUGGGUGCUUGGGGGACACUCACAGGCCCGGCCCAAAGAAAGCAUGUCCCACUCGGUGCCCCCCAGCAGGUAGGAGGCAAGGGAGACCCAGGGAGUUGCUUCUCUGCCACAGCCCCCGGAGCAGCUGGAAAAAGCAGGGAAUGCAACCCAAUCCCCAGGUCUGCCUGGCCUGUUACGUGGCCUGGUGUAGCCAAGGGCUGCCAGCUUCACAGCAGUCCAGCUCAGACCCGUGGCCUCCUUUAGUCCCUGUUUUCAUCUUGCCUGCUGACCUGACCUGGGAUUGAGAGAAUGAUGGUUUGCUGUUGAAUGCCCUCGUUGUCAGUUUAUGUUCCCUCCAAUGGGGAAGUUUGUAAUUCUAUGCAAAUCUGUUCACCUCCUUGAAUACAACGGGAUUUGCUUCUGA